AUCUCGUAUCAGCUAUUUUGUGCAUUCCGCUCAUGGUCUUCUUCAUACUCAACGUUGAUGCGGGAGUCGGCAAGCAUCUUUGGGACUUGACAUAUCAACGUGUAUACGACGUUGGGCUGUGGACCUACAUUAUCACCAUCCUUUGGGCAUUCGAGAUGUUGCUACUCAAGUAUAGCAUACUAUGCUUGUAUCUCCGCAUCUUCCCGAACGUAUGGUUGAAGCGCGCUGUCUUUGUCUUCAUGGCCUUUACAGCUUGCUUCACACUUCCCCUUAUCUUCACAGCGGCUAUCCGGUGCAAUCCGGUCCGUGCUCAGUGGGAUCUCGAAGCCGCAAAGACAGCAAAGUGCCUCGACUGGCUCAUCAUCCUGAAGUUAUCAGUUGUCUACGAGAUCAUUGCAGAGGUCGUUCUGUUCGCCCUUCCAGUUCCGAUCGUGCUCAAGCUCCAAAUGGCGACAGCAAAGAAGAUCGAGCUCCUCAUGUUCUUUGGUGUCGGUUUGCUUCUCAUUGGUGUCGUAAUUGCACGCGUGCCCUUCUUGAAGGGCGUUGUGGAUCAAAGCGACCAAACUUACACCAUCGUUGCCUCAUCCAUGAGUACCUUUAUCGCUAGCGGCCUCGGCCACUUUUGUGCUGCAGUCCCCACAGUACAAGCGUUGAUAAGAUUUGUUAUAAACGGCUUCAAGAACAAGACUCAAGCAUCCUCGAGCUAUGGCCAGAGUGGUCGAUCCUAUGAAUCAAGCAAAAAGAAGAGCUACAGGUCGUUGGAGGACAAGAAGAGUGCCGGCUCAAGCUACUCAGGCGCUACGUUCAAGGUAUCAAAGCAACGAAGCAAGGAUGCCGGCAGGGAUCCGUACAGACUCUCGACACAGAACUUCACGAGGUUCGAGUGUGAUGGCGAUAACGUGGGUGAAGAUCUCUCCAUGGAGCUGCAACCAGCGGAGACCUUCGUCACCAAGCACAACCCCGAUCAGGCGGGAGAAUCGCGGGGUCAUGACGGUGGAGACCAACCCAUUACCGUUGUGGUGUCGAGUUCUGUUCUCGAUGAUUCAGCGUCCGACAAAGCUAUACUUGACAGAGAGUACGUAAAGAGUACGUGAAAUAGAGUUAAUGAUACAAAUUUAAUUAU